AUGGCGUCGCUACCUUCUACAUCUUCUCGGACACUUCCCGUCACCACCACUGGCGAAGUGGUCCCAGCUCGCCUCACACGCACCAACCAAACAGACGGACACCAAGUGCAACUCUCUCACGACACCGCAUCAGCUGCUCUGAUGUCUCCGAAAUCCACUUCACCCCCUCUGCGCGUUUUCAAAGACCCAGCCAGCCAAGGCAAAGAAGUCCUAUGCAGCUGGACAAGCAAGACAGGCGACAUGAGUCGCAACGGUCGCAAGCAUCAGGACGGCGACGGUUGCAAGUACUUCGGCACCGCUCACGACAUAAUCGCACGUCCGUUAGAAGAUGGCGACUCGAAGCCUGCAAGUGCACCAUUCUCAGACAAGAUCCGCAAACUCGUCGAGUUUCAUACCGACCCAUCCAGCCCAAUCAGCAAAGUCGCGCAGUUCUCUGAUGAGGUAGACAUUGAUCCAGACUCGGAGGAAAUCAUCCGCAGAAUCGGUCUCCAGGCCGCCGGAGAUGCUUCUCUCGGCGCAGACGCCGUCGUGCUUGCACAGUCCGCGGAGGGCAUUUGGUUCAUUGGCAAGGUCGUAGCAGUCAGCAAAGCCACAGACGGUAGUAUCCAGACUCUCGACGUCCAAUACUAUCACAUGGUUUCCGAAGGCACUUUUGCAAGCGCCGCCUGCACGCCGAAGCAGGUCAAGCUGAUGACUCCCGGGAUGCCCUGCAAGGCCACGCCCAAGGGCAAGGCUGUAUUUCCGCACGUGGGAUAUCAGGCAGUUCACCAGUACAAGAGUGGUAUGAAGCGACGUAUAAUACACAGGGAUCAAGACAACGGCGCCCAGGUCGAGAUCAAGGAGGAGACGGUGGAGACAUUGGGCAAGAAGAAAGCACCUCAACAGAACUUCACGGAUGCAGACGGUAACAAGGUCAAGGGCAAUGAACAGGAUAAGAAGAAUCAUUACCGAGGUCGGAGCAUUGAAAAUGGUCGACGCGCACGACGCGACCUUCAAACAAUAGCCGGCCAGCUGACCGAUGAGGCAAGAGCAGACCCUCUCACCCAGGAGUCCAAACACGAAGCUGAUAGCAAGACGGCAUUUCGUUCCAGCUAUCCAGUCAACCUGGCUCGCAUGGGCUAUAUCGUGGCAAGCUAUGAGGAGUUCGAGAGUCUGACAGGUCUUACGCCAGCUCGAAUCACAGCUUGGCGUCGUGAAUACGUACGCGUUGUUCGCCGCCACAAUGGCGACAAGCCGAGAAAGAAGAAGAACCAGGCAGACCUUUCGCUCAAGAGAGGAGACAACAAAUUGAGCGGCAGCGGCAAUGCCCGUGUCCUCAUUCCUACUACUUGGCCAAAGCUAGAGUAUCCUGAAUGGAGUGACGUGGAAGAUGAGAAUGACGGCGCGGACCCGCAAGAUGCUUCGGUCACUUCGGCCACGACAACAGUGACCGAUCCCACUGCGUCUGAGGGUGACACCAUUGUCACCACUGAGCAGACCGAUAUCGUCGACGAAGCAGCUGGGACUGGAGUCUUCGCAGCCAAGCCUCGGCCUUCCAUCACAACUUCAACACGAACCGCUGCCGAUGCGAAGCAACAGCCAACCCGCUCAACAAAGAGCACCAAGCGCAAGGCAAAGACCAGUACAUCAGACCUUGACAUGGGCGGCAAUGUCUCUCAAACGGAGGCUGCCGACUCGUCCCAGGUCGUCGAUGCAGCCGCCAGGCCUUCUGAUCCACUGCCAUCCACCACGUCAGCCGGUGCUACGACCGCGGAGGCUCAGCCGGCUGUGACCAUCAAGAAGACUAAGCGCAGAGCCAAAGCAGGCCACCCAACCGAUGACGUGAGCGAUGCGAUUAACAGUAAGCCGGCCGGCAUCUUGUCCAAGGCACCGCAGAAGCAGCGUGGCGCAGACACGAAGCGCCAGAAGCUCGACGACGACGAGUACGUGCCACGAGGUAGCAAGGCUACAUCUCACGAGGAAGUCAUGCGAGCUCGAGAGGAGAUGGAUGGAGUUCCAGACAUGGCGAGCAAGUCCAUUCAACAACUCCGCGAAGAAGGCGAGUACCCAUUUUGCCACUCGUGCACUGUCGAUACCCCCCUAUUCGAGAGUGAGUUCGCCGACGGAGUGUGCGCAGACUGUCUCGAGGCUAUAAACAACGGCACUUAG